AAAUAUUUUACUUGCUGUUAUUUCAUGGCUCGAUAUCGAACUCCUUACGAAUGACCACCUUUUACUCCACCAGAUGGUCCUCUUACCUAUGGACAAACCUCGCGUGGUGACUAUACUUAGCUUCUGGUACUCCCACACAACGUACAGCUUACUAUAUGGCUCCUAGAUCAGGUUAUGGUAUACCUUUAUUUAGGUGGUAUUCCACCAAUGAUAAGUACGUCAACAUCGAAAUUAAUAAUAAAAAAUUUAUUGUAGAAUUAGAAAAAUUUAAGAAUAAGACAAGUAAUAGGAAAAAUAGAUUACAAAAACUAUACUUUAUUAAAGUUUUUAUAUCAGAUAAUAUCGGAAAAAAUUACAAGUUAUUUGGAGUCAUAAUGAAUUCGAUGAUAUAUCAGAUUUUAAUGUAAAAAUUGAAGAAAUGAAAAAGGAACUUAUGAACAAUGCAUCUUCGAUGUUAGACAUUGAAAUUAUCUGUAAUAAUAUAUUA